AUGGCCACUUUCUUCAUCAAAGCAUGCAAGCGCCUUUGCUACCUCCUGUGGCUUAAACAUGCUGCAAAUAUGAUGACUGCAGAGGAGGGCACUGCCGUGCCAGUGUGCCAGCCUGCUAGUUAUGAGAAGACUGAUGAUGUUUCAGAGAAGACUUCACUAGCUGACCAGGAGGAAGUGAGGACAAUAUUCAUCAACCAGCCCCAGCUGACCAAAUUCUGCAAUAACCAUGUCAGCACUGCAAAAUACAAUGUCAUCACAUUCCUGCCACGGUUUCUCUAUUCUCAGUUCAGAAGAGCUGCUAAUUCAUUUUUCCUCUUUAUUGCACUGCUUCAGCAAAUACCUGAUGUAUCCCCAACAGGUCGUUAUACAACACUGGUUCCUCUCUUAUUUAUUUUAGCUGUGGCAGCUGUCAAAGAGAUAAUAGAAGAUAUUAAACGACAUAAGGCUGAUAAUGCAGUGAACAAGAAACAGACACAAGUUUUAAGAAAUGGUGCUUGGGAAAUUGUUCACUGGGAAAAGGUGGCAGUAGGGGAAAUAGUGAAAGUGACCAAUGGGGAGCAUCUCCCAGCAGAUCUCAUCAGUCUGUCCACAAGUGAGCCCCAGGCCAUGUGUUACAUUGAAACAUCCAACUUAGAUGGAGAAACAAACCUGAAAAUUAGACAGGGCUUACCGGCAACAUCAGAUAUAAAAGAUAUUGACAGUUUGAUGAGAAUUUCUGGCAGAAUUGAGUGUGAAAGUCCAAACAGACAUCUCUAUGAUUUUGUUGGAAACAUAAGGCUUGAUGGACAUGGCACUGUUCCCCUGGGAGCAGACCAGAUUCUUCUGCGAGGAGCUCAGCUGAGAAAUACACAGUGGGUUCAUGGAAUAGUGGUCUACACUGGACACGACACCAAGCUGAUGCAGAAUUCUACAAGUCCACCACUUAAGCUCUCAAAUGUUGAGCGGAUUACAAAUGUACAAAUUUUGAUUUUAUUUUGUAUCUUAAUUGCCAUGUCUCUUAUCUGUUCUGUGGGAUCAGCCAUUUGGAAUCGAAGACAUUCUGGAAAGGACUGGUAUCUCAAUCUAAACUAUGGUGGUGCUAAUAAUUUUGGAUUGAAUUUCUUGACCUUCAUCAUCCUUUUCAACAAUCUCAUUCCUAUCAGCUUGUUGGUUACAUUAGAAGUGGUGAAAUUUACCCAGGCAUACUUCAUAAAUUGGAGCUCCCUCAAGUAUGUAAAGUACAAGAAAAUUGGCCAAGUUAAAUACAUCUUUUCUGACAAAACUGGUACUCUAACCUGCAAUGUAAUGCAGUUUAAGAAGUGCACCAUAGCAGGAGUUGCAUAUGGCCAUGUCCCUGAACCUGAGGAAUAUGGCUGCUCUCCUGAUGAAUGGCAGAGCUCACAGUUCGGAGAUGAAAAAACAUUUAGCGAUUUGUCAUUGCUAGAAAAUCUCCAAAAUAAUCAUCCAACUGCGCCUAUAAUAUGUGAAUUUCUUACAAUGAUGGCAGUCUGUCACACAGCAGUCCCAGAGCGAGAAGGUGAUAAGAUUAUUUAUCAAGCAGCAUCUCCAGAUGAAGGAGCACUGGUUAGAGCUGCCAAGCAACUGAAUUUUGUGUUCACUGGAAGAACACCGGACUCAGUGAUUAUAGAUUCACUGGGGCAGGAAGAAAGAUAUGAAUUGCUGAAUGUCCUGGAAUUCACCAGCGCUAGAAAAAGAAUGUCAGUGAUUGUUCGCACUCCAUCCGGGAAGUUACGACUUUACUGCAAAGGAGCUGACACUGUCAUUUAUGAUCGACUGGCUGAGACUUCAAAAUACAAAGAAAUUACCCUGAAACACUUAGAGCAGUUUGCUACAGAAGGACUGAGAACUUUAUGCUUUGCUGUGGCUGAGAUUUCGGAGAGUGACUUUCAGGAGUGGCGAGCUGUCUAUCAGCGUGCAUCCACCUCUGUGCAGAACCGGCUGCUCAAACUUGAGGAGAGUUACGAGCUAAUAGAGAAGAAUCUUCAGCUGCUCGGAGCUACAGCCAUUGAAGAUAAAUUACAAGAUCAAGUGCCUGAAACCAUAGAAACACUAAUGAAAGCAGACAUCAAAAUCUGGAUCCUUACCGGAGACAAGCAAGAAACUGCCAUUAACAUUGGAGCAUCGUGUAGACUGGUCACUUCAGACAUGACCAAAGUAAGUGAGACGGAAAACAGCAAAGACGCGACAAGGGAAACGCUCAGUCACCACUGCACCACCCUUGGUGAUGCUCUUCGGAAAGAGAAUGAUUUUGCUCUUAUAAUUGAUGGGAAGACCCUCAAGUAUGCCUUAACCUUUGGAGUACGACAGUAUUUCCUGGACUUAGCUUUGUCAUGCAAAGCUGUCAUUUGCUGCAGGGUUUCUCCUCUUCAAAAAUCCGAAGUUGUUGAGAUGGUUAAGAAACAAGUACAAGUCAUAACCCUUGCGAUUGGCGAUGGAGCAAAUGACGUCAGCAUGAUACAGACUGCACACGUUGGUGUAGGAAUAAGUGGCAAUGAAGGUCUCCAGGCAGCUAAUUCUUCUGAUUACUCCAUAGCUCAGUUCAAGUAUUUGAAGAAUUUAUUGAUGGUCCAUGGUGCCUGGAACUAUAACAGAGUCUCCAAGUGUAUCUUAUACUGCUUCUACAAGAAUAUUGUCCUUUAUAUCAUCGAGAUCUGGUUCGCGUUUGUUAACGGCUUUUCUGGACAGAUCCUCUUUGAAAGAUGGUGUAUAGGUCUUUAUAAUGUGAUGUUUACAGCAAUGCCUCCCUUAACUCUUGGAAUAUUUGAGAGAUCAUGCAGAAAAGAGAAUAUGUUGAAGUACCCUGAAUUAUACAAAACGUCUCAGAAUGCGCUGGACUUCAACACCAAGGUUUUCUGGGUUCAUUGUUUAAAUGGCCUCUUCCACUCAGUUAUUCUGUUUUGGUUUCCACUAAAAGCCCUUCAGUAUGGUACUGUCUUUGGAAAUGGGAAAACCUCUGAUUAUCUGCUGCUGGGAAACUUUGUUUACACUUUUGUGGUGAUAACUGUGUGUUUGAAAGCUGGAUUGGAGACAUCUUAUUGGACAUGGUUCAGCCACAUAGCCAUAUGGGGCAGCAUUGCACUCUGGGUGGUGUUUUUUGGAAUCUACUCAUCGCUGUGGCCUGCUAUUCCAAUGGCUCCUGAUAUGUCUGGAGAGGCAGCCAUGUUGUUUAGUUCCGGAGUCUUUUGGAUGGGUCUGCUGUUUAUCCCAGUGGCAUCGUUGCUGCUUGAUGUGGCAUACAAAGUUAUCAAGAGGACUGCUUUUAAAACUUUAGUAGAUGAAGUUCAGGAACUAGAGGCAAAAUCUCAAGACCCAGGAGCAGUCGUGCUUGGAAAAAGCCUCACUGAGAGGGCACAGCUGCUGAAGAAUGUCUUUAAGAAGAAUCACGUGAACUUAUACAGGUCUGAGUCAUUGCAGCAAAACCUGCUCCAUGGGUAUGCUUUCUCUCAAGAUGAAAAUGGAAUCGUUUCACAGUCUGAAGUGAUUAGAGCCUAUGAUACCACAAAACAGAGGCCCGAGGAAUGGUGA